AUGUCCACUCCUUUCUGCUUGCUCAUCACUUAUCAAAAUCUUUCAUUGAAAGCUGGCACAGCUCGGCGAAUGCACCGCUCUUCCCACUCUUUCAACCCAUCUCCAUCAACUGGAUCACUUGCAGCAUCACUUUCUCCCCCGCCUACUCCUAUCUCGGCUCCCAUCUUGGCUUCCAACUCGGCUCCCAUCUUGGCUCCCAUCUUGGCUCCCAUCUUGGCUUCCAACUCGGCUCCCAUCUUGGCUUCCAACUCGGCUCCCAUCUUGGCUUCCAACUCGGCUUCCAACUCGGCUUCCAACUCGGCUUCUAGCUCAUCCUCGGCCUCAACUCCGGUCAGCCUCAUGGACAUCGACAUCUCAUUUAUCACUCCAGAUGUUGUGCCCUUUUACGAGUUGUACACUGGCCUUUCCACUUCCCUCUCAGUUUCACCUACGUUCUUGGAUGGCAAGUCGGCCUCGACCCCAACCGCCAGUCUCAUGAGCAUUGACACUGCCCCGCUCGUGACUCCUACUUUCCUGCCGUUCCAUGCCACCAGCGUCACCUCAAAUUCCCCCACGUCCAUUCCUCUCGCGCCUCUUGCGUCUUUGGAUACCACCAGUAAUACGAGCAAUGAAAACUCCCAGGUCCCAACUAUUGCAACACACCAGACCAAUUCCCGAGGAGAGAACGCAAUUGAGGCAGCGCGAGAGCUCCAUCGUCAAUCCCCUACGCCCAUGGUUCCAAGGCACCCAUCUCCAGUCCUCGUUCGCGGCAUCCCUGCCGAGCACACCAUCACCGAGCUUGCCUCUCGAACCCCUCGACCUUACGCCCACUCCAAUGCUGACUAUUUCGUCGUAAAACCGUCUCCUCCACCUACCCCAGUAGCUACGAAACGUUCCUUCUCGGUGUCUAUGGAUGAUAACCAUAAAAGUCAGUACAUCUCACCUUUUUUGUCACAUCAAGCUUUCCAAUCUUUUCCUCUUUCUAGUACAACCUUCCAAGCGCCAUAG